AUGGUGCGCCUCAGGGAAAUCCCGCGAACUGCGGCUUUCGCGUGGUCCCCCGAUGCAACUGCACCUUGGAUUGUAACCGGGACAAAGUCAGGAGCUGUCGAUAUUGAUUUCAGCAACGAGACGUGUCUAGAACUUUGGGAUCUUGCCUUAGACAAUACCCACCAGGGUCAGGAAUUGCAGCCUUCCGCGACGCUGCCCACGGAAACAGGCUUUCAUGACCUCGCUUGGACGCCUGCACAAGAUGGAUACAAGAGAGGGAUCAUUGCCGGAGCGUUCGACGAUGGAACGCUAGGCUUAUGGGAUGCGGACAAAAUCCAGGCGGACGCCGCUAAGGCAUCAAUCUUCAAUAAGAAGCUUCACAGCGGAGCGAUCAAGGCACUACAAUUCAAUCCGAGAAUCGAAAACUUUCUGGCGACUGGCGGCGCUAAGGGGGAGCUGUUCAUCUCUGAUUUGAACCACCUUGACACACCCAUACGCCUUGGGAGUACAGCUGCUCGGGCAGAUGACAUUGACUGCUUAGACUGGAACAAGAAAGUCUCAAACAUCUUAGUCACGGGCAGCAGCGGGGGCUUCGUCACUGUGUGGGAUAUGAAGACGAGAAAAGAGAGCUUGACGCUCAACAAUUACCAGCGGAAACCAGCAAGCGCAGUCUCCUGGGACCCUGAGAAACCUACACGACUGAUAACUGCUGUACCCUUGGAACAAGAGCCUGUCAUAUUGGUGUGGGAUUUGAGGAAUUCGCAUGCCCCGGAGAAAAUCCUGCGUGGGCAUGAUUCUGGAGUCCUCUCGGUCUCCUGGUGCCCUCAGGACCAUGACCUUUUGUUGUCAUGCGGCAAAGACAACAGGACCAUCUUGUGGAAUCCCCAAACUGGACAGUCUUACGGAGACUAUCCGGUUGUGACCAACUGGACUUUCCAGACGAGAUUUAAUCCUCUCAAUCCUAACUUCUUCGCGACAGCUUCCUUUGACGGCAAGCUACAAAUCCAGACCCUUCAAAACACCAACCCGAGCAGCACACAGAAUGAUCAAAGCCAGGCCGCGGAUGGUGAAGAUUUCUUCUCCAAAGCCCAGACCCAGCCUCAAUCGUCGUCUUUCUCGCUCCCCAAGGCACCCAAAUGGCUAGAACGGCCUGCAUCUGUAUCAUUCGGGUUUGGAGGACGUAUCAUUAGCGUCCGACUAGCUGAGCCCGGGACUUCGAGGGCUUCCAAGGUCAGCAUCAGCAAAUUCGAGGUCGACUCUAGUGUUGGGAGUGCCACAGAAACUUUUGAGAAAGCAAUCCAGUCAGGAGAUCUCAAAUCUUUGUGCAAAGAGCGGGUUACCACCGCGAAGGCAGACGAGGACAAGGCCGAUUGGACUGUGAUCGAGACGCUGGUGUCUCAGAAUCCUAGAUCAGAGCUUGUGAAGUAUCUGGGCUUCAAUGACACUGUUGAAGAAGCGACAAAUGGCCUCGAGCAGCUUGGCCUUAGUGCCGACAAAGCGGACGAGCAAAAGCCACCAGUCAAUGGCGCCUCCAAGUCACAUAAGCGUUUCCAGUCAAUCUUUGCAAGUUCUGCCGAUGGCGACUUCCUAUCCGAACUUGCGGCGACCAAGGGCACGAGGACUAACAAUCCAUUCCAAAUCUAUGCAGGAUCUGAAUCUGAAGCCGACCGGAAAAUUACGCGAGCCUUGACCCUGGGACAAUUUGAAAAAGCGUUGGACGUUUGCCUGCAGGAGGACAGGAUCUCGGAUGCGUUCAUGAUUGCUAUAUGCGGAGGCGAGAACUGCAUCAAGAAGGCCCAAGAAGCUUACUUUGCGAAGCAAACUGGGGGGCCCAGUUACCUUCGACUCCUUGCAUCAGUGGUAGGCAAGAACCUUUGGGAUAUUGUGCAUAAUGCGGACCUAGCGAACUGGAAGGAGGUCAUGGCUACUUUGUGCACAUUUGCAGAUGAGAAGGAAUUCCCGGAUCUCUGUGAAGCUCUUGGAGACAGAAUCGAAGAACAGCUCGGUGACCUCACCACCGUGGGCCGCAAGGACGCCUCUCUAUGCUACUUGGCUGGUUCAAAGCUCGAGAAAGUCGUCGCCAUUUGGGCACAGGAGCUGAAAGAACAUGAAGAGACUGGUGCAAGCGAGGCGGAUGCAUCGUCAGUUUUCUCUUUGCAUGCUCAUGGCCUGCAGGAUUUCAUCGAAAAGGUCACUAUAUUCAGGAAGGUUGUCAACUUCCAGGACGAUGAACUGUCGAAAAGUGGAGAUUGGAAGCUGGAGGCCCUUUACAGCAAGUACCUGGAGUAUGCAGAUAUCGUCGCUGGAUCUGGUCAGCUCGACGUGGCCCAGAAGUAUCUCGACUUGCUGCCGACGAGCUAUCCCGGUGCAGACAUUGCAAAAAGUCGGAUCCAACAGGCAAGGAAGAAGCCGAUUGCACCAGGUACUGUUGCUCAAACCACCUCAGCCACUCCACGGAACAAGGCUCUUCCAGGACUCGCUUCGUAUCAACCCAGUGCGGCUGCUUUCACUGCCACAACUUCAGCUGCCCCAGCUGCCCCUGCUACAUACGGGCGUGCUCCUCCACAGCCUGCGAAUCCUUACGCGCCGCCAGCGUCCACUAGCACUCCCGCCAAUCCUUAUGCUCCAAUUGGUGGAUAUCAACCUCCUCAGCAGAUGAGGGUGCCUCCGAACAUCACUCAGCCUUACGGCAUGCCACAGGCAAAUCAGGUUCAACCUCCACCGAGAUACAACCAGUCCCCAGCAGUUCCCCCACCCUCUCAAGACAAGAGCAUGUCCAACUGGAAUGAUAUUCCGGAGGGCUUUGUCAAACCCCCGACUUCGAGAAGAAACACCCCCAGCGUCCCUCCACAGCCGGUGCAGAACCCUUUUAGUCCGCCACCUCUCGUUCAGCAACCUUCCCCCCCAACGGUUCCCCCAUUUGGUACCAGGCAGAGGGCUUCUCCUGUUCCUCCACCUCCCAAAGGGUCAGCUCCCCCAAGAGUGACUUCUCCGGCCAGCGGAUUAUCCUAUCCACCCAUUGAGCGGCCUGGUUCCUCGGCCAGCAAUGCAUACGCGCCGCUGCCAAGUGUGACCUCUCCGUCCCUUGGACAGAAUGUGAUGUCUCCGCCAAUCCCGAGGGGGCCUUCACCGUACAACGCACCACCGUCACAUGGCCCCUCUGCUCCGAGUAGAUAUGCUCCCGCACCAGGGACGCAGUCGACCAGCGCGCCCCUGUCACGUCCAUCUGUGGCCCCACCUCCACAACAGUCUUCCUUCCAACAUGCACCGCAGCCAUCAAAUCCUUAUGCUCCAUCUCAGUCACCACAACAACCAAGACCCAAUCCUUACGGCCCGCCACCGACGACACAGACGCCACAGCAAGCCUCGGCACCUCCACUGCCCACACCGUCGCAGCAAUUUAUCUCCGCCCCGCCGCCAAGCACAGGGUCGUCCCAACAAGCACCCUCAAGACCAGGGACUGCCGGCUCCGAUAAGCGAUCUGCACCGCCUCCGGUGCGAAAACAUCCCAAAGGCGACCGCACCCACAUUCCGCCAUCUGCGCAACCGAUCUACCAGAUACUCUCCGCGGAGAUGACCCGUGUGAAGGCGCGCGCUCCAACUUCGUUUAAGCCGCAAGUUCUAGAUACGGAGAAGCGCCUUGAUAUCCUCUUUGACCAUCUGAACAACGAAGAUCUGUUGAAGCCGGACACGGUGGAGCAGAUCAGCGAGUUGGCAGCCGCGCUGCAGAAUAGAGAUUUCGACCGUGCCAGCGAUAUUCAGAUAGAUGUGCACACGAACAAGGUGGACGAGUGCGGCCACUGGAUGGUCGGCGUGAAGAGACUGGUUGGCAUGUGUAGGGCUACGCCUUGA